CCGAUCUCUCUCCUUCUCUUUCUCUCUCUUUCUCCCUCUCAAUUUUUCUCUAUCAAUUCGUCUUCCACAGAAUCGCAGCUUUAAAUCAGGGUUCUUCUAAAGGUUGAAUUGUGUCACCUGUUAUGGGCUUUGAGCUUAGUUUUGUUAUUAUAAAAAACUAAGGGCUGGUUCUGGGGAGUUACAUGGAAUCUGGUCAUCAGGGAUCAGUGCCAUCUAUGACACCUUCCCUGGUAGGUGGAGAUAUAUCACAUUCUUCUUAUAGUUCUGGAAUCUUUUACCAAGGAGAUGGGCAACCACAGUCUGUGGGAAAUACUCAUUUGAGUUCGUCUUUUGGGACUUCGUCAAAUUCAGUUUUAGGAGUUACGCAAGCUAGUCUAGCUUCUGGGGAUGCAAGUGAUGUGAUGUUGAACAGCAUGGCAAACUCUGGGCCAAGUGUGGGUGCAAGUUCGUUGGUCACAGAUGCUAAUUCUGGACUUUCAGGAGGCCCUCAUCUCCAGAGAAGUACUAGUUUCAAUACGGAUUCUUACAUGCGCUUACCAGCAUCACCCAUCUCUUUCACAUCCAACAAUUUAAGUGUUUCUGGUUCCUCAAUAAUGGAUGUGACCUCUGUGGGCCAGCAAUGUUCCAAUCAAGAGCCAAACAACCAACAAGUACAGCUAAUUCAGUCUCAACAAGGUGCUACAUCCUUGUCUGCAGCAAGGAUGGGUCAACUUUCAAUUCCUGCUGGUUCAAGGGUCCCUAGUUCUUUGAUCCAGGACACAUCUAUGUCACAAAUGCAAAAGAAACAACGAAUGGAGGUAAAGAAAGAAGACAUUCUACCACAACAGGUUCGGCAACAGCUGAUGCAUAGACAAGACACCCACGAACCUCAGCUGCAAGCUUUAAUCCAGCAGCAAGCAUUACGUCAACAUCAGCAACAACAACAACUAGUGCAGUCUAUGACGUCCAUUCAGCGUCUACAGUUCUUACACCAGCAACAGCAGUUUUCAUUGAGACAUCAACAACAGUUUUCGAGACAGCAGCAACAGCAUCCGAUAAGACAACAACUUCAACAACCAAGCACACAUCUAUCUGGCAUGAAACGCCCUUUUGAGAGUGGUGUAUGUUCAAAUCGACUAAUGCAGUACCUAUAUCAUCAGCAACAACGACCAGCUGACAAUUCGUAUGCAUAUUGGAAGAAGUUUGUAACAGAGUAUUAUUCACCACGUUCAAAGACAAGGUGGUGCUUGUCACAGUAUGAUAAUGUAGGACAUCAUUCACUUGGAGUCUUUCCCCAGUCUACCAUGGAUGCGUGGCAAUGUGAAAUUUGUGGCUCCAAGUCUGGUAGAGGUUUUGAGGCAACAUUUGAAGUGCUACCAAGACUAAACCAGAUCAAGUUUAACAGCGGUGUCAUAGAUGAACUUUUGUUCCUGGACUUGCCUACUGAAGUCAGAUACCCCAAUGGGGUAAUGACAUUGCAGUAUGAGAAGGCUGUCCAAGAGACUGUAUAUGCGCAACUUCGUGUCAUUCGCAAGGGUCAGCUCCGUGUGCUAUUUACUCCUGAUUUGAAGAUAAUCUCUUGGGAAUUUUGUGCACGUCGCCAUGAGGAGUUCAUUUCUAGAAAGUUAAUUGCUCCACAGGUCAAUCAGUUGCUACAAGUUGCCCAGAAAUGCCAAAACACAAUCAAUGAAAGUGGGCCUGAGGGUAUCUCUCAGCAGGAAUUGCAGGCAAAUAGCAAUAUGGUUCUGGCUGGUGGACGUCAGCUAGCACAGACUUUGGAAUUGCAGUCACUGAAUGAUUUGGGAUUUUCCAAAAGAUAUGUCCGGUGCUUGCAGAUCUCUGAGGUGGUUAAUAGCAUGAAAGAUCUCAUGGAUUUGUGUAGUGAAAAGGCUGCUGGUCCAAUUGACGGUUUAAAAAGCUAUCUUAAAAAACCAUCCUUUACCAAGCGUCAGAUGCCUACUACUACAGAUAUGGAACAACAGUUAUCUUCUGCCCCCACAAACAGUAAUAGCUCUCUCAACCCCGGACUCAAUAAUAACAGCCAGAUGGCCAACAUUAACAACAAUCAUGCAGCAGUUGGACGAGGAUCUUUGAGCGUGGGGCCACCACCUCUGAUGACCAAUAACUACCAAACCAUGCUGACAAGGCAACACUCGAUGAAUCAAAACUCCAAUUCACUCCAGCUGCAGCAGCAGCAGCAGGCGGUAUUGCCUUCUAUGAAUCACAAUUCUAGUGGUGGUGGUGGUGGUCAGAGAGUGGCUGUGGGUCAGGCUGGGGGCAAUUUCGUAAAUGGUCAACGUUUCAUUCCAGGCUAUAAUAGCUCACCUCAACCGAUCAACCACCAGCAAGUUCUUUCUGGGUAUCAUAAUCCUUCUAAUGGGACUAAUACAACAAAAACCGGACCAGGGCCAGCACCAAGCAGGAGCAAUAGUUUCAAGGGUGGUCCAUCGAACAGCGAUUCGAAUGCGGGUUCAAGGAAUACUACUACUACUCCUACCACUUCUAAUAAUAAUAAUAACAAUAAUAAGGCUGCAGAGGAAAAAGAAGCAGAAGCAGCAGCAUCGGAUUUGUCGAAUUAUUUGAAUUUGCCUGAUAAUAUGUUUCAGGACUUUGCCGAAAGUGGGUUAUUUGAUGACAGUUUGGGUUACUCCUGGAAAUCGUAAUAACUGCUGUGGUUGAGAGAUAACAUAAAUGGGGUCUUGAUUUGAUAACUAUAUGGGGGUCCUUUGUACAGUAUGCAUUAUCAUCAUGUGUGAGAGUUUGUUACUUUUUUAAGACGCGAAAUUGGGUUUUUUUAGCUUUGGAUUUUCACCCCAAAGUGUAAUUUUAUUAUUAUAGGUAUAAGACUUGAUUAUGAAUGUUCUUGAACCAUUUAACAGUGCCAUGUGGUUAUUUUUAAUAGGGACUUUGUUUGAUGAAGGUUAAUCUGUUGUUUUGUUCUACUGUCCAAUU